GUCGCGAACGCGUCUUUGGCUUCGAGACGCGCUCUAUCGUGAAUGAGAGUGGGCCCCGUCGCGAAAUAUGAGAUGGACUUAAUCUGCCCAGGCGGUUUUCCUUUUCUACCAAGACAAGGCCCCUCUACCUUAUCCCUACCCACUACUCCGAACUUCAAUCUCAAUGCAACCGCAAACCACCCUCUUGCACUUUUUACACGUAUUUUCUUUGGAUUGCUAGCAACUGCAAUAAUUGUUCCAGAGCCACAUCGAUUUGUUUCAGGCUGUGCCUUCUUAGCUGCUUCUUGUAAUUGUCAAACACGAUGCCACCUGCCGUCAAGCGCCAGAGGCCUACAGUCAAGUCCAGCAUCGCUCCUCCCAAAGAACAAGCUACAACGAGCAUCAGCAAGUUCACACAUGUCUCCAAGAGUAUUGGAAGCAAUGGCUUGGAAAAAGACGUCCAUUCCAGGACCACAUGUGCAACAAACACAAAGGCUUCUGCGCUUGCGCCGUCGACCCGGAAACGCAAGGCAGUUGCAACUGUCCAAGAAGAGAGCGACUCUUCUGCCGAUGAGGCCGUCAAUUUAUCGCCUCCCACACCCAAGCAAAGCAGCGAGAGAGAUAUUCUACCUGCCAAGCGCGGCCGUGGCCGUCCUUCCAAGAAGUCACGCGCAACUCCCGCUUCUCUGAAACGUGGCAGAAGUCCCAGUGUAUCCGUCUCCGAAUCCGACGAAUCAACCAUCAAUACUGACAAGCUUUUCAAGAGGCUGCGACUGGAGUCCUCACCAUCACGAGCAUCUUCCCCCCUUACGGCAUACACUUCCACCACUGAAUCGGAUGCUGAUUUCGAGCUCGGGAUUCCUUCUCCACCCUCGUUGCCCAGCGAAAUCCUCGACCUAGUGCAUCUUCACGCGGCGUUUCUGAAGACACUUACAUUGCAUUACGCACACAAUGGCUCUCACGUCCCGGCCGACCUUCGUGUCUUGCGCCCCAACGUCGCAAGAGCAUGGGGAAAGAAGGCAGUCUGUGAAAUGGAUAUCAGGACUUGCCUCGGCGUUCUCAACAUGAAGACAAUGCAGCCGCGGUUCUUCCUAUCAAAUUAUGGCCGUGGAAAGGUUUGCAUUGAGAUUGAUGAGACUCAAUCUUGCGGCCCACUCGCUGAGAAAGAACUCAACGAUAUCUUUCGUAGUAAUAUCGAGACUCUCUGGUCUCACUUUCACCAGCAAAGUUCCACCUCGAAGAUUGAUAGCUUCGUCGACAGCCUACCGAAAGCCAGCAUCACCAUUUGCGACUCAGUUGCCAAGGCGUCUACGGUGAUUGCAAAGGGCCAGCAGCGUCUCGCCGAGUUAAAGCAAGGAAUGGCCGCUAAAAAACUAGAGAAGGAUACCAGAGUCACAACCGCACCUGCAUCUACACCUGCACAGUCGCCUCUCACCAACCCGGAUGGCUCCAAGAUGAGUCUGUUGGACCGAAUCCGGUUUAAGCAAUUGCAGAAAGCCUCGCUUCCCGCCGGACUCUCUGCUGCUGAGAUGGAGCGCCGUGCAGCAUUACAACGUGUUGACGAGGUCGCCGCUCUCAUUGGUAUGCUUAGCCGAGCAAGCUCUACGGGAAUGGGACGCGUCUCGUUCCCAAUGCCAGUCAUGCUGCAGAAGCUCAAGGAUUCAUUCCGCAUGGGUAUAUCCAAAGAAGAGGGUGCUACCUGCGUCAGGCUGAUCGCAAAAGAAAUAGCCCCUGAAUGGGUAGUGGUUGUCACCAUCAAUGGAAAGGAGAACGUGGUCGUGGAGACGGAUCGACAGUUGAGUAAGGUGGAUGUAGCAAAACGAGUGCAGAGUAUCACUGCUAGCAACUAGGAUUAGAGUUGCGUUGUACGUAUAGCGGUGCGAAAGCCAGCUAGAGUGGCUUUAGCCGUCAGGACUUGGAAACAAGCUUCACAUGUGGAUUGGCGUUCUGGAGUUGGACUAUCACAAGGAUAGAAGGCAUAGCGUUCAUUGUUCUGAAUUUGCAAGAUACCAUAGUUGGGUCGACUCUCCAGGAGUAGGGAUGUUUUGGAUGCUCAACGCAGACGAGUA